AUGCAACGGGUGACGUACACCGCGGCCAGGUCGUCGUUCGUGGACAACUCCGCUGCCAGGACCUGGCUGGUGACGUAUCCCGCGGCCAGGGCCCGCCCCGCGCGUCGCAGUCGCCGCCGCCGCCGCCGCCGCCGCCGCCGCGCAGGUCCGGGUCCGCGAGCCCGGCGCCUCUGGCCCUCCAGCUCCCGCUCCGCCGCGCCCUCGCCGGCGCCGCCGCUCGCAGCCCUGGCGCUCCCCGCCGGCCCCGCCGAGGCCGCCUGCGCCCUGUGCCAGCGCGCGCCUCGAGAGCCGGUGCGCGCCGACUGCGGCCACCGCUUCUGCCGGGCGUGCGUCGUGCGCUUCUGGGCCGAGGAGGACGGGCCCUUCCCGUGCCCCGAGUGCGCCGACGACUGUUGGCAGCGCGCCGUGGAGCCCGGCCGCCCGCCGCUCAGCCGCCGCCUGCUGGCGCUCGAGGAGGCGGCCGCGGCGCCCUCGCGCGACGGCGCGGCCAGCGAGGCGGCGCUGCAGCUGCUGUGCCGCGCUGACGGGGCCCCGCUGUGCGCCGCCUGCCGCAUGGCCGCAGGCCCCGAGCCGCCCGAGUGGGAGCCGCGCUGGAGGAAGGCGCUGCGCGGCAAGGAGAACAAAGGGUCGGUGGAAAUCAUGAGGAAAGAUCUGAAUGACGCGCGGGACCUGCAUGGCCAGGCAGAGUCAGCAGCGGCUGUAUGGAAGGGACACGUGAUGGACCGCAGGAAGAAGGCCCUGACCGACUACAAGAAGCUGCGGGCCUUUUUCGCUGAGGAGGAGGCGCACUUCCUGCAGGAGGCCGCCAAGGAGGAGGGCUCCCCGGAGGACGAGCAGGCCGACCCCGCCGAGCGGUUCCGCUCCCUGCUGCAGGCCGUGUCGGAGCUGGAGAAGAAGCACCGGAACCUGGGCCUCAGCAUGCUGUUGCAGUGACGUCGCUGAUGCAGCAGGCGGUUCCCUGCGUAGCUCACGCAGAAAGCACCGCCUCCCACAGCUGGCCCUCCCCUGAGACGCCACCCCCUCCAUCUCCGUGGGCACCGUCAGUGAUGGCCGAGGACGAUGCUCCGCAGGUGCCCCCUCCCCCCGCCGCCCUGGGUUUCCCUGCACAGUUACCUGUCUCAGCAGAGUCUGGUCUUGGGGCAUGGACGUGAGACUAGUUGUUGCCCCUACCCCAGGCAUCCUGUUCACACUGCCCCCACAACCUGUUCUCCCGUCAGAGCCCCUGCUCCUCACCUCGUCCCCGGAUGGCUGAGGUUCUUGGCUUUGCCCCAAGGGUCUCAAACCCUGUACCUUCCAAAGGGUGCCUAGGAUGGAGCUGUCCCAUGGGACCCUCAUCCUGGCCUGGGAUCCCUGGGAGGUCCCUGGGGGGAAGCCGGGACUUGAGACUUUGGGCACGGGGAAGGGAAGGUUCUCCGCCCUUCCUGCGGGUCCCCCUGCCUGCAUCCCCCUCCCAGCUCCCGACUCUGAUUUCUCCUCCAUCUGCCCCGAUGCCAAGGCCUCCCAGUGCCCCUUCCCUCCACCUUCCCCAGGGUGCCGGGGCUCCCCCAUGCUUCUGCAGCCCCUCCCUGCCUCGUCUGUCUCUAGCGUUUCUCACUUGUGUUUGCAACACUCGUGGCGUGGCCAUGGUGUGGCUGUGGCGCUCACAUGUCAUCAGCACAACUGGCAGUCGCCCAGCAGAGUCCUCAGAAAGUCGAGGUCAGGGAGCGUAGAUGUGGGCGAGUGUUUAGAUUCACCGCCCCUGAUGUUUUCAAGGGCCCUUAGGAGUCCCACCCUGACAGUCUGACCUGCUCCUGCUGCUGCGUGGGCUCUCGCUGCUAAAUAAAGUGGGUUUGCCCUGG